AUGAGUUCAACUACAAAAAAAGUAUUUAGUGUAAAUGGUAUGACUUGUCAAUCAUGUGUCAAAAAUAUAGAACGUAAUGUUGGUAAAAUAGAUGGUGUUAAAUCUGUGCAAGUAUCAUUAGAUGAUAAGGAAGCACAUGUUGAAUUUGAUAGUGGCAAAACAACGGAACAAGCUGUAAUUGAUAAGAUUACUGGUUUAGGAUUUCAAGCUCAAUUAAAAUAA